GCUGCCGAGGCCCUGCGCGUGGCCUGGCGCCUCGAAUCCACGGCUCUGGUUCACCGACCCAGUGCCCGGUCUGGCCCGUCCAUGUCCAGCCUGAGACCCAAGAAAAUGGCCACAAACUUCCUCAUGCACGAGAAGAUCUGGUUCGACAAGUUCAAAUACGACGAUGCAGAAAGGAAAUUCUACGAGCAGAUGAACGGGCCUGUGACGGGCUCCUCGCGCCAGGAGAACGGCGCAAGCGUGAUCCUCCGGGACAUUGCGAGAGCCCGAGAGAACAUCCAGAAAUCCCUGGCCGGAAGCUCAGGCCCUGGAGCCUCCAGCGGGCCCAGCGGAGACCACAGUGAGCUCGUCACCCGGAUCGCCAGCCUGGAAGUGGAGAACCAGAGCCUGCGGGGAGUGGUGCAGGACCUGCAGCAGGCCAUCGCCAAGCUGGAGGCCCGUCUGAGCGUGCUGGAGAAGAGCUCGCCUGCCCACCGGGCCACAGCCCCGCAGACCCAGCACGUGUCGCCCAUGCGCCAAGCAGAGCCGCCCGCCAGGAAGGCGGCGGCUGCGGAGGACGACGAGGACGACGACAUCGACCUGUUCGGCAGUGACGAGGAGGACGACAAGGAGGCCGUCCGGCUGCGGGAGGAGCGGCUGCGGCAGUACGCAGAGAAGAAGGCCAAGAAGCCGGCGCUGGUGGCCAAGUCCUCCAUCCUCCUGGACGUGAAGCCCUGGGAUGACGAGACAGACAUGGCCCAGCUGGAGGCCUGCGUGCGCUCCGUCCAGCUGGAUGGGCUGACCUGGGGGGGCUCCAAGCUGGUGCCUGUGGGCUACGGCAUCCGCAAGCUGCAGAUCCAGUGCGUGGUGGAGGACGACAAGGUGGGCACCGACCUGCUGGAAGAGGAGAUCACCAAGUUCGAGGAGCACGUGCAGAGUGUGGACAUUGCUGCUUUCAACAAGAUCUGAGCCCCAGCCCCACCCCACCCGGUGGCCCUGCCCCCAUUAAAGACUGCAAUUCCC